CAUUUUUGUUUUUGAAGAAAAGUUUUUUUGCACAAAAUAUUUGUGAAAUUUUCCUCUGAUGUUUUAUAAACACAACUCUUUCAGUGGUCGUUUAGGUUCCGCGGAGCCGUUCACCGCGUACCAACCACAGGUUCUGACAGAGCUUCGACCAGAAAUACCUCGCCCAGUAAUGGCAUCAUCUGGCUCAACCGGGAGUUUUUCCAUUGCCAACCGAACCAACAAUAUCUUGAAGUAUCAAAAGUUGUUCCAGGCAGGUGACCAUUCUAUUCCUGUACAUUUAAGAGGCGGUUCUCGGGAUAAGAUGAUCUACAACAUUGCAAUGGGUAUUUCUGUCAUUGGCAUUGGAAUCACUCUUGGCACUAUUUAUGCAAUGGCAUCAGGCAAAUUGAAGAAAGCCUCCUAAGCCUUUAUUCUAAUAAAUUUAUACAUGGCCAUGUCUGGCUGUGAAAUUGAUGUAAAAACAAUAUCAGAUCCUCUGUAGUUUUGUUGAUUUCCUGUAUUUAUAUAACAAAUUUAUUGAAGUAGAUUAUUUUUAUGUUUAAAAUCCUUAGUAAUACACAACA